UAUGAAAACAGGAAACAAGUUGUUAACACUUCAGCGAUUACUGUAUUUCCGGUGUUCACAUGGUUUUUCUUCUGUUCACGUUAUUUACGACGACCAAUUGGUGUGAAUUCACGUUUGUGUGUAAGUUUAACGGCAUCCGAUGCUCUAUGUGCUUUCUUCUAUAUUCUUACCUAUGUAAUCAAUGUGAUUUUGCCGAAUAUACUGUCUAACUGUUGGUCACUACUACUUGAGGUGUUCAAAUUGGCGACAUUUUUUGCAUCUGUAUUCACAUUAUUAGCGCUAGCACUGAAUCAUUAUAUAGGAAUUGUUUAUCCAUUACGUCGACAUAUAAUAACCCCGCGAAGUGUUCGUUGUGCUAUUGUACUUGCAUAUUUCGUUCCGUCAACGGUAUUCUUAGUCAUGUUUAGCACCGUACCAGGCGGAUUUCGUGCACCAGUGCCGUUUGCAUUUUUCUCUAAAGAUGGAUGUAACGGUGGUGGUAUUUUACGUAACGUGGCAGUAAGAUGGAUAUUAGUUGCUCCUUUCAUAGUUUUCGUGUUACUCAUUUCUUUUCUAUAUAUGCAUAUUCUCCUGCAUAUGCGAAAUGUUUCUAAAGAUCCUCUUCUGAAAACCAAGCAGACGAAGAGAACAACAAACCGUAAACUUCUCGUCACAUUGAUGCUGUUGGCUGGUUCAGCGUGUUUAGGUUGGUUACCAACUACCGUGCUCUUUCUGCCAUUACGCCCGACAAUGUACCUACGACUUUAUCUGGCUAUAAUAUUCUCUUUGAUUGUCGACGCGUUUAUAUAUGCGAGUCGACUAGUUGAAAUUCGUUACGCAAUAGAACGUCUUCAGAGUGGCACUUAUUGCAAAACCUGUAUCUUGAAAGAUACUUACUGUGAUGAUGUUGAACUUAAAAUUACGAAUGCAGGUGUUUUCGGUUGCGGAACUCUGCCGAGACCAACCCCGCCCGAAUUCGCGCGGUACCUAAGCGAGACGAUCGAGAGCCGAGCUGUUCGAUUCCAAAAACUUAACAGUUCUCGGAAAAACCAGUCAGGUACACAGCCUAUGUCACUGGUGCUUCAUUACGUUAAAACAGCUGAUGUGUCGAAUACACUUUAUUUGUAUUGUCAGAUAGUCGUGCAAGUGAUAUCAAGUGGCGAAUCUGCUACCAAACUACGGAAUUCUUUUAACUUCUAG